CAGUUUCAGACAUUCUGCCAGUUUGCGCAGUACCGCUGCUUCAAACGCCAGUUUUAUGUCAAGGCUUCUCCCUUGCCUGCUAAUGCCCUGCUGCGUACCAACAUGGACACACUCCGGAAGUAUUCUCAUGCAAUAUCGACUCAGAAACAACUGCUGAAGAAGCUCCCCUCAGCCGCAGCAGUGCCGAGACCCAUGCAGGACAAGGGGGCCCCUGUCCCCCCCCCAACCGUGCCGGUCUCAACUGCCCCUGCCCCCUCGCCUCCCAGCCUGGGAUCCCCGGACGGAGCAGAGCAAGCCUGGGAGCAACGCCUGCAGAACGGCCUCCAGCAGCUGAUCCGCAUAGCACUCUCCUUGAAGACAUCCCUGGGCACCAAAGGCUCUUCACUGGGCUCCAGCUCCAAGUUAGACCCAGGGAGCACAUCAAGCAGCGCCAAGAAGGAGGUGCAGGAAACAUCCCCCCGUGGCAG